AUUUCAUUUGUCAUACCGGCGUACGCCGAAUGCGCCGCUUGACCUUUCGUAACCCGGCUUGUUACUUCAUUUGACCGGGGAAGUUCGCCGGCGUACGCCGAAUGCGCCGGUCUGGAGAGACUGGCGUGGUAUUCGCCGUUUUUUUAAGUAUGGCGGAAAACUUGCGGAACUCUAGGCAGUCUAGCAACGCUAAAAGUAACGCUGAUAAAGAGAGGAGCGUUUAUUGGACCUGCUACAUUUGCAGACGUGUUGAUAAGGAAUUCCUAAAUUCACUCGAGAUUCAGAGAUCAAAAUUUGUUCUCGAUAGUCAGUACAGAAUAAUCCUCCGCUGUGAGUCCUGCAAUUUUGCAUUCCAUGCAAGUUGUGCAGGGUAUGAUCAAGACAUUGCCCAGUGGGAAGAAGAUCAGAUCCUAUGCAACACAUGUGCAGAGAAUGGACAGCACUAACUGGAUAUCGCUUGAGGUUGAAAAAAUGGGCAAAUAAACACAGUCUCGGUAACUGAAAAUAUGGCAAAUAUUCUCUUCUCUGAUACAGUUGAUCAAAACACAAAGGAUUCCUUAUUACAAAACAUAUGUAUAAAUCAACAAGAAAAUACCUGCAGCCCUUCAACAUCUAAACUGCCUGAAUCAGUUAGCAGAAAUGAAUUCCUAGACAUGGACAGUACAUCUGAUGUUUUUGAUCCAGAUAAGAGAAAAGAAGAAUUGAACAAUCCCUGUACCAGCGCUAGCAGAGCAAUAACAUCUGGAACAUCUGAAAAAACUUCAAAGUGGACUCAAGCUGCAGAGAAGUUACUGUUGUCAAAACACAGGGACCUUGAGGAAUCAAAGCUUCCCAUCAAAAACAAGUGGAAGAAAAUUUCAGAUGACAUGCAUUCCAAUAAUUAUGACUUUUCACCAAAACAGUGCAGAUUAAAAAUCAAAACAAUUAAAGAAAAAUAUGAAAGAAACAAAAAGAAAAAACAAUACAUCAGGGGAAUCCCCUGCUGAUUCUGAUGAUGAGUUGGGGGAAAUAUUUGAAAAGUUGCCUGACAUGAAUCCAGUGUUUCUGCUAGAGUCAAAAGCAAGUCAACGUCCAUCCCCAGAUCAGUGUGGAAGUUCAGACGUUGAUAAUUGUAAAAGGAAGAGAACUCUGUCUCCAACUCCUGACCAUACAGAUGCACCUGAAGGGAAAGGAAAAAAGAAAUCAAGAAGAUCGGUUGACAUCAUGAAAACAUUUUUCACAGAAGCCAUUGAAAAGAAAGAGGAAGCAAUUGAGAGGAGACACAAGGAGAAAAUCAACACUAUUAAUUCCCUGGUCGGAGUUUUGAAAGACCUGGUUAAGAAAUAGAACCUCAAAAAGAUAAUUGACAGAUUGUGCCAUGUAAAUUUGCUAACACAGAUAGUGUUUUAUAACUUUUGAAUUUGUUCAUUAAGUGGUUGUGUUUGCCAAUUUUUAUACCCAACCUGUCAUGUCUGUCUUCUGUCCUUCCUCCUUUCUGUCCCUCACACAGUUUCAAAAUAAGUUGUAAUGAUAUUCAGCAUAUAUUUUCCAAAAUUUAUGCAGAAGUACACAAUAAUAUUGGUGAGAGUUAAACUGUGGAAUUAUUUUUUACCUUUCCCUUUGGCAAGUAUUUUUCUUCUUACAAUACGAUGUACUUUGGGUGGGCAUUCAUGCAAUGUCAACAUAUUUCUCAUUCAAUUAAUUUUGAUGACUCAAUAGCAGACAUGUCAGGGUUGCAUUUACAAUUUAUCUUGUUUUUGUUACAUUUGUAUUCUUUUAUUAUUUUUU